ACGGCACCUGCCUCCACUGCUGACUCUCCUCGCCGCCGACGCACCCCCGACCUCACGCUCGCUCGUACUUUUCGCGGCCACAUCCACACCCACACCAGACCGCGGACGCCAACAUGCCGAGCCAAGGCUACGAAAGGGUAGCCGCCGACGACGACACAGACUCGCCCGUUGCCGCACAGCAGCAGUGGCCGCCCGCCUCGCCGCCGCCGUCAUUUCACUCGCGCGCCUCGUCGCCCUCCACCCGCCGCCUGUUGUCCGACGACCCCCUCGCCCAGCCCGAGGACCGAACGCUGGCCGACACCUUCGACUCGGACGACGACGACGAUGAUGACGAAGAUGGCCGCGACGACCGCCAGCGCCUGAUGCGUGGGAACCCGCCGCCCGAAGACGAAGAGCCACCACCGCGCAUCCAGCGCCGCAUGACCGAGCUGCCGGUCUUCAACACCCAGGCUCCAGCCAGCGGCCGCGUGUACGGUGGCGGCAACGGCGGCGUAUGGGCCAACCUGAGCGCAAAGCCUACGCGAGGCGAGGAUCUUGAAGAGAAGCCUCCGACCUACGAGCAGGCCGCCGCCGACGCCACCCCACCGUACUGGGAAACCACGAUCCUCGCCCCCGGCACUUUCGGCGACGAGGUCUUUGUCGAGGGCCUCCCCGUCGGCUCCCUGUUCAGCUUCAUCUGGAACGCCCUCAUCUCCAUGUCCUUCCAGCUGGUCGGCUUCCUGCUGACGUACCUGCUGCACACCACCCACGCCGCCAAAAACGGCUCCCGCGCCGGCCUCGGCAUCACCCUCGUGCAGUUCGGCUUCGGCUUCCGCUCCGCCACCCUCAACCCCUCCAACCCCUCCAACGACUCGCCGUCGGACUUCAACGCCGGUGUCCCCGCCGAUCCAAAUGCCCACAGCUUCAAUCCCGACGAGGUUGCGACGAGCGCCGGCGACGCGGUGGCGAGCAGCAGCGCGAGCGUGUCCGGGAGUGAUUGGCUGGCGUACGGGCUGAUGAUUGUCGGCUGGUUUAUUCUGAUCAAGAGCGUGAGCGACUUUAUCCGCGCGCGGCGCCACGAGCAGCUCGUGCUGCAGAGUCCGGACCGGGGGUUGGGCGUGGCCGUUGUUGCCGAGGGCGAGAGUCCCGAGAGGAGCGUGUAGCCCCCUUCUCACCUCUUGGGUUGUCUAGACAUUGCAGGUCUCACUUUUCUGGCCGCGCGUACCCUGCGUACCGCCCACAUCAUAGCACACAACAGCACACUUUUCUUUGGUUUCUAGCGCUUUUUAUAUACCAAUACCACGGGCUGGUUGUGGCUCUGUCUUUCCCCUUUUCCUUAUUCGUAUUUUUCUUUCGGUAGAUAGACUUUGUCGCUGCGUUGCGGCGCGGGGGAGGCUGUUGGAUAUAUACCUCCUCCCCUAAUGCAUGGGAUUCUU